UGAGUUUUAUAAGGAAAUUAAAACACAAAAAUUAUAGUAGUGUGAAUAGAUGUCUAAAGUGGUCAUGAAGCCAAAGAAAGGGGUUAAAAGUGAACCUGGAGAAAAGAAAAAACAAGAAAGUAAAAACAAGAAAUCCUAUGAGGAGGAAGCGGAGGAAAUGAGAAGAAAAACCGAUGAACUGUUAGAAAAAGAAAGAAACGGAUUCUUGGAACAAAUUGCAGAAUUAAUCAAAGAGCUGGAACGACUUAGAAAAGAGAAUGAAAAACUUCGAAAGCAACAGGAAGAAAAAAUGGGAGUGACGGCGGAGGUUGUUGACAAAAUGAAGCGAGAUUUAGAACAUUCCAAAACGACAAAUAGUUUUUUAUUGAGGGAUGUGGAAGACCGGAAGUCUCAAAUAGCCCGGAUGGAGUCACAAUUAUUUGAAAUGACAAUGAAAGUCGAGGGAAUGAGCAAAAAAGUUUCAGAAGUCAGUAAGUCAAAUACUGAAUACAAGCAUGAAAUAGAAGAACUAGUCAAGGAGAAAUCACGUGCCGAGAGACUCUGGGACGAGAACAGGAAAUUGCGGAGAUUUUUAGCCGCUAACCAUAUUGAUUCACGAACCGGUAAACCGUUAUUGGAAAUGUACAGGGACAAGAAACUUUCGCAGAACAAGAAGGUAGUGCGUAUAAAAGAAACCAUAAAGUCUAGAAGCAUGCAAUUAGCAAACAGACGUUUGUUGAGACCAAGUAAAAGUCUAGAUGAUCUACGAAAAUUAGAGGAAUAUUAUGAAACGAAAUCAACAAAAAGUGAGAAAUCUAGUGAUUCAGAACCAGCACCCUACAUAGGACAUUAUAUGGACAUUAUGAAGAAAAGAAAAACCCUUCAACAGAAAAAGCUCUAACAGCAAAGCAUUUAUUGUACUUAACCUUUAUUUAUCGUG